UUUACCUUUUAUGGCGCUCGAAAAACAUUGAAAAAAAAACUCGAUAAAUUUUUUCCGUCCUGCACGAUGAGAUAAGAAAAUCGGCAAUGUAGUAAAUAAAUCGUGAUUGCUGAUAAAUCCACCGCGAUGGCGUUUCGAAGUAUUUCCCUGAGAUCUGGAAGGAGAUUUUUGGGAAUCAUCGCUCUGGCCAUUGUCUUUUACAACGAAUUCCUUGUCUACAAAAUUCAAUCACUAACAUGGAAAUCCAUCCCAUGCCAGAGCGGCAAUUGCACGAGGAUUCUCUUGGUAGCUGAUCCUCAACUUAUUGGCCAAACCUUCGAUACAUCCUUUUACAAUCCCAUUGCUAUCUAUGACUCCGACAGAUAUCUUAAGAAAACAUUCAGGGAAGUUCUAGAUCACACUCGCCCUCAUAUUAUUCCCUUCCUGGGAGAUCUCUUUGAUGAGGGCAGUGUGGCCACAAAUGACGAAUACUCAAGCUACUUAAGAAGAUUUCAUGACAUUUUUCACACAGAUUCCAGUAUUAUGAAAAUCUACGUACCUGGUGACAAUGAUAUUGGCGGUGAGAACGGCGAGAUUGUGACACCAACGAAGAUUAAUCGUUUUAGAAGCACCUUCCACACCCAACAUACGUACUCCUGGCAUAAUUUAGUAUUUUUCGAAGCGAAUCGAAUUACGCGUGAAAUACCCCAGCCAGCUACACCUCCCGCACCCCCAUACAGCCCCCAGAGAAGAUUCGUACUGAGCCACAUGUCCCUCCUGUUCUACAACGAUGGCUUUCAGGAGCGCGUCCUGCAGUACGUACUGCCUCAUGUAAUUUUUACGGGGCACAUGCAUAGGUCGCUCUUCAUUAGGAAGUCACUGAAAUUGACGGAAUUCACGCGAGCGCAUCCCCUCAAUGCCAAUGCGGAGCGCUACAUGGUGAAUUCCUUUGAUCUCAGGGAACCCGAGACGUUCCUCGAGAUAAUGGUGCCAACGUGCUCCUAUCGCAUGGGGGAGCGCAACAUCGGCUUUGGGUACGCCGUUCUGGAUGGUGAUGACCUACUGUACACAGUUCUGUGGUCCGUUGAUCGGUUCUCGCAGCUUUUCCUAUACCUCAUUUACCUCCUUGUAUGCUUUAUUAUUCUCACCAUGAAGCUUAUUUUUACAUGCUCAAUUGUUGCCACGAGGAAGUUGCAGCGGCUCAGAAUUACUUAUACAAAAGUGUGAUUGCCCCAUAUUCCCAUCCAUUUACAAAUCCUCUUACUUCUUCCUCCGAUAGACUGCUGUGGUAUGAGAGUCAUGUUUUUGAAUAAAGCACGUCCUGCAA